AAUGCAUAACGAAAUCACAUCGCCGCCGAAUCGGACGGAAGCAAGAAAAAUGAAUUGUAUUCCGUGGCUUAUCAACGCUGCUCUGGGGCUCUGGCUCUGCCUGUGCCUGGCACUGCCCGCCCACACGGUAGCCAGCCGAUAUAACAUAAGCUUUGCACAGCUGGAUACGUGCGACAGCUAUACGAUCACGGAGGCGGGCUAUGCCUACCGGGACUUUUUUAUGGUCCACACGCUGGACAACAACCAGAUCAAGGGCAAGGAGCGCCUGCACUUGAAGUUCUAUGUGCUCACCAGCAUGGAUGCCCAUAUCUUGCUCUCGGUGACGAACAGACUACGUCCCAAUGACCGCGUGUACGAGAUUGUGAUAGGAGCCGGCGGAAAUACGUUUUCCGCCAUCCGCACGGCCCUGGGCUUGCGACGUGUAUCCACGAAUCAAGAUCGGAAUUUAUUAUCUGUGUUCGAGCCGACGCCAAUAGAGAUUGUGCAAACCCAGGAUGCUGAGCUGUUUGUUUACAUACCCGGAUUCAAAACGGAGCCACUCCUACAGUUCAUGGACGCCUCGGCCCUGACCAUAAACUACAUAAGCUUCAGCUCCUUCGGUACCAACACGGCGCGUUGGUUCUACGACUGCUCAUUCGAUGGGUUCGACAAGGAAAUAUCGAAGGAGACGCCUGCGCUGUCGUUGGAGCAGAAGCUGCUGGCGGAUCUCAUAUCCAAGGGCGAGAAUGCGACUGUCCCGGUGAACCUAACAUCGAUUGCGUUCCAUUUUCAAGCGCGUUCUAUCGCCUACGAGCAGGCAAAUUCCUUGCUCAACACCCGAUUGCAUCUGAUGAUGCACUGGCAGGACAAUCGCCUGCGCUGGGAUCCCGAGGAGUACGGCCAAGUGAAAGCCUUCGAGCAUCCCCGACUGAAGAUCUGGACGCCGCAGCUUACAGUGCUGAAUGGAGCUAUGGACUCCCUGGGCGAGGCGCUCAAGACCUACGAGCUGCGUGUCUUUUCGGACGGCAAUGUCACCCUGUAUGCCAGCAACCUGGAGCUGUCCAGCUGGUGCGUGGACAGCGCACGCAACUGGCCGAGAGAGCGCAUCGAGUGCGACGUGGAGCUUGGCGUGCUUAGACAGCCAAGUCAGAGCAACAUAAUCUUAAAAUACGAACGAGAGCGCAGUCCGAUCGCACCCAAUGAGCAUGUGAACACGCCAUCGGGCUGGACAAUUUUCGGCAUAUCGGUGGUGAAUCUGGGGAACGACACGGCCAGUCGAUAUUCAGACCAAGGCAUGCUCCAGACGAUGACUGGCGAUGUGGCCAUUGAGUUUAUGCUGCAGCGGAACAGCUCCUUCUAUAUGACGGUCUUCUAUGUGCCCCUGAUUGCCUGCGAGAUCUUCAUUAUCCUAUCGUUUGUGCUUCGCUCCUCCCGACGCAGUGCUCUCAUACUCAUUGCCCUUCUCAUAGUUGCCUGGGGUCUGAUGUACAUCACGCGCCACGCCUCUCCGCACUAUGUGCCCGCCUUGAUGUCGGGCUACAAGACCAUAAUGAUUGUCAGCUGCUAUUGCUAUGUCCUGCACAUCUGCAUCAUGUGGCUGGAGCUCUAUCCGCCCAGGGCCAAGGCUCCCGCAUUCCUAACAUCCCUGAUCAAUUCGAAACUUCUGCGCUGUGUCCUGGGAAUGCGCUUUGCGGAUUCGAACGUGUACUGUGACAUUCAGGAGAAGCCCUGGCCCCAUUUGGCCAAGAUGCUGAACAGCCUGAGCUUCAUUGGCGUGUGCGUUGCGUUCGCGGUGAUGGAUGUGACGAGCGGCAUUUGAAAAAUCGAAUGGUUUUCCUUUAUUUGCAGUGAGAGAUAAGUAAUGGGCCUUAAAUAAAUACAAAAUAUUCAGAGAGCAAGA